AUGGAGCAUGACCCAUUCCAGAGGGCUCAGGCACUGUUGUAUGACAUUAAGAAGGUGAAUCCAAAGAGGACCAUAGAUGUGGGGUCAUUCCAAGUAAACCCUGACGGGACACAAGAGAGGAGUAAGGUUCCUUUAACUAAGUCAGAGAGCAACUUCACAGAGUUGUUGGGACAGAAAAGGAGAUGGGAUAGAUUUGCUCCUAGGCGAGGGGAGAAAAAUCUAUGCAGAUUAUAAAAAAAAAAAAAAAGCAGUGUUUAAUCUGAUGCUUACAAACCUUUGAAAUUUGGGUGGGAAAGUAUCGUAGAGGAGUAUGAAGAUGAAAUAUUCUCACUUAUCGCCCAAGAGGCAGACUAUCUAGCUGACAAGCUGUGCAGUGAAAAAUCAGGUCAGAAAUGA